GAAACUGAAAAACAAAUAGAAAUUAAGUUUUUGCUAACAUUCACACUCAAGAGUUUUACACACAAAGCCUGAAACAAUCUAAAAUGAAAACGCCACCUAGAUGUUUAUCAGCUACCGCCACAUCACAAAAGAGUCUAGUUUUUGUACCGGUUGAGACGCACAAACUAGCAACAAGUACUCCACUUUGACAAACUAACAGGUAACAUCUUCGGGAAGACAGCACAGCAAGCAUCAUCACUUGAAAGGGUGCCACUGCGGAGCUUAAGAAGAUGAUCCUCCGUCAUCCUUGAUCUUCAAAGUCCCAGCGGCAGUGAUUUUCCUCUGUGUGUUGUCAGUGUUGUCACCUGGAGAAGAUCUGCUCCAUCCAAUAUAAUCUGCUUGUCACUUUCUUUCUGUAGCCCUGCCCAGUAUUUGAGAAAAACACAAGCGUAGCAAAUUAUUUCAGAAGGAAAUUUUAUCAGUAUGUUCUCUAAACAAGCUGGAUGGCGACGAGUAUCUCUUUUUUCCCUUUCAAUUAUCUUUAGGGGAGUCUUUAACAUUUUUAAGCUUCACCAAGAAGCAGCUUAAAUUAUCAUUUGGGGAUGCUGAAUCUAAUAAUCUUACUGUAUGUUCUGGGACGCAACGUACGUUGAUCGACGGCGGCAGAGAGACCUGAUCCAGGCCGGCGUCGAAGGGACCCUGAACGUGAUGAGGUCAUGUGCAAAAUCGGGGACGGUGAAGCGCGUGAUCCUAACGUCCUCGGAUGCUGCUGCCGUGUUCCGGAAGCCACUGGAAGACGAUGGGCACAACGUGGUGGACGAGAGCUCCUGGUCCGAUGUGCAGUACCUGCGAGCCGAGAAGCCAGCGACAUGGGACUACGCGGUGUCGAAGGUGCUUCUGGAAGAGGCGGCGAGCAAGUUCGCGGAGGAGAGCGGCAUCAGCCUAGUGACCGUGCUGCCCGCGUUCACCCUGGGCGCAGCGCCGGUCUCGCAGGCCAAAACCAGCGUCCCCGCUAUCCUCUCCUUGUUGUCUGGUGACGAGGCACAGCUGGAUAUCCUGAAAGGCCUGCAGUCGGUCACGGACUCUGUGGCGAUAAUCCACGUGGACGACCUCUGCCGCGCCGAGGUGUUCCUCGCCGAGAACGAGCCAUCAUCGGGGAGGUACAUCUGCUGCAGCCACAACACCACCAUCCCCCAGCUCGCCCGUCUCCUGGUGGAGAAGUACCCACAAUACAUCGUGAAACCUGAACGGUAUAUCAGACUAUGAUGAUGAGUUGCCUUC